GACCGAGUUUUGAUCGAAUUCUCUAUGGUCGUUGAGAAAAGUUGAAUAAUUUAGAAUUUGUUUGAAUGGGCAAUUUAUAAAAUUUACGACUCUGAUAGAUUCGGGUGGAAUGAAGUUGUGAAUGGGAAUUAUUAACGGAGUAUAUCGAGGUUUGAAGUUUUUAAUGUUCUCCGCGGUCUACGAAGACCGCUGAAUCAUUUGAAAACCAAUUAAAUGGAGAAUUGUUCGGAGAAUUUCAGAAAUUUGAAAUUAGAACGUGGUUGAAGUUGUGUAUGGUGGUGGGAUUAAUAUAUCAGCUUCUUGCGAGGCAUUCGAUUUAAUUUAAAGUUAAUACAAUGUACAAACGUUCGUGUGGAAACGAUAACGAUAACAGAAAUAAUAUAUGGAAUAACAAUAAAUAUGAAAACAAUGCGAUUAAUUUGUUAGAUAGCGUUCUAAGAUGCAAAUGACAAAUGCGCGUUUGAUCCUGGGAUGUUGCUUCCUUGCGGUGACGUUGGUGAACGCGGCACCGGGUCCAGAGGAACCUGCCUUCAACCUUCCGGUGCAGUUGAUCGGCUUCCCCGUGAUUACAGCCGCUGUGAGGAUCACUAAUUUCGUGAAGAAACUUGCGUACUCGUUGAAUCCAGAGACUUACGUCAACCGAGUAAGACGAGACCUGCCUUUGGUACACGACGAAGAAAUUCUAGAUGUUAGCCAAGUGGAGAAGAAGUUGAUAUCGGAGUUGGGCAGUAACGUUUGCGUUUACGAGAGAAUCUGCGCCAAGUAUGCGGCCGAAACUCUGCAGAAACGAAGUCGGCAACGAGCUUUGGACUGGGACGUCGUUUUCAGCGAGUACAAAUCAUCGCCGAACCCGAUGAAGGAGAAUUAUUUAUUGAGCGUGUUCCUGGGCGACAUCAUAGGAAGCCCGCGACUCUGUCAUCAGCUGGCGAAACGAGGGAGAGGCUGCGACGAGGCCACGCUCUCGGAUUAACUGUAAACCGUACCAUUUACGGA